AUGGCGAUGGAGGCAAUGGCUAAAGAUAAAAAUUUAAGCCUCCGGAAAGCUGCCAAGAUUUACAAUAUUACUCAUACGACACUCAUACGUAGAAUGAAAGGGAUCACUCCUGCCUCCGAAUAUCGUCAAAAACAGCAUAAAAUUACUAAAAUUAAAGAGGAGGUUAUUAUUCAGCAUAUAAUCGAUAUGGAUGAGCGAGGAUUUAGUCCUAAAUUCAUAAGUGUUGAAAGUAUAGCGAAUCAUAUUCUUGAAUCGAGGGGUGGAAAGCGUGUUGGUAAACAAUGGGCAUAUCGAUUCGUGAAUCGACACAAUAUUCUAAAAACGCGUUUUAAUCGUGCCUACGACUUCCAAAGGGCUCUCUGCGAGGAUCCUAUGCUUAUUAAUAAGUGGUUUCAACUAUUCAAAAAUAUAAAGGCAAAAUAUGGAAUACAGGAGUGCAAUAUAUGGAAUUUUGAUGAAACAGGCUUUAUGAUGGGAGUGAUAUCCUCUAGUAUGGUUAUUACUAGUGCAGAUAGAUGUGGCAAAAGUAAAGGAAUACAGCCAGGCAAUAGAGAAUGGUCGACAGCGAUUGUAUGUGGUAAUGCGACGGGGGAGAACAUACCUCCAUAUCUCCUUGUUCAAGGACAAAUGCACCUAGCCAAUUGGUACAACGAGACGGAUAUGCCUCCCGAAUGGGUGGUUAAAACUACUAUAAAUGGAUGGACGAAUAAUGAGACGGGUUUAGAAUAG